GAGCGGGAAGGUCGUGGUGAAGGUGGGGCGAUGUGUCGGGAGCUAUAUUGUGGGGCGGACUGCGGCAGGUCCCUCCAGUCAUAGUCCACCUCCCGUGCAGUCCGUAGCCUCAAGAGCACCAUCUACGUCCUCUUGGUCUAAGUUCCUCGCGGAGGGAAGCGCACCGAUACCCACGAACCACAACGUUGCUUGACACGAUCGAGGAACCCCCAGCGAGGUGCUGGCUCUUUAUCCCUUGAACUCCGGUAUCGCCUGGACACAAACACGACGUCGAACUGUGUAGUGAGGAGGAGUGAGACGAACCGGUAACGUGAGGACCUAUCUGCAGAAGGCAACGAAGACGACGACGACGAAGAAGUGAUCCAGCAUGAGUUCGACGAAAGUAAGACCCCCUAGAAGGACCCUGACUCACCUGUGUGCUCUCGUCUUCCUGCUCACUACAGGAACCGACGGACGGCGCCUGGUCGGCGGAGGACACACGCGAAACAAGGAUAUGCUCUUCUCCUCUCGGCAGGGCGGCUUCCCCAAGUUCCCCAUGGCAGACUUCGACACAGAGUUCAGCUGCGGCCUCAGGAAAACAGCCAAGAUCGUGGGCGGGAACGUGCCUCCGUACGGGAACCACCCGUGGCAGGCCGAGAUCGAAGUGUACAAACGCGAAGACGGUUUCGUGCACCACUGUGGAGGCGCCAUUAUUUCUCCGAAGUACAUUCUCACCGCUGCUCAUUGCCUGCAAGACUCGCCGCUUUCCAUGGCAGAUUAUCGCGUGAAGGUUGGUGACUUUGACCUCGAACGCCCUGACGAAGGCGAACAAAUAUUUGAAAUUGAUACAUGGCGAAUCCAUCACAAAUUCAGGGAAGGAGGCGUUUACAGCAACGACCUGGCGAUCGUGAAGCUGAAGCCUCAGAACGCCAACUGGAUUCAGAUGAACCGGUUCGUGUCCCCGGUCUGCCUGCCGAGCUCCACGACACCUUACACGCCCGGCACGAGAUGUCAGGUGUCAGGCUGGGGGCUGACUGAUCCUGACUACAAUUACUCCAACACGAUGGUUCUCCGAAGUGCCGAGGUACUUCUGAUGGAGAAUAGGCUAUGUCGGGACCUGUACCGCUCCGAUGGCUACAAUGACGGAAUGAUCUGCGCGGGGCACAUGGAGGGCAAAAUCGACUCCUGCAACGGUGACUCCGGAGGACCUCUGGCUUGCGAGAUCAACGGAGAAUACACACUGCUGGGCCUCGUUUCGUGGGGGAAGAGCUGCGCCAAGGCUCAGCGGCCAGGGAUCUACACCCACGUCAAACAUUACCUGGACUGGAUCCGGACGGCGAUGGAGGAUCUGUAAGGUCUCGCGAGAAAGUCGAGGGAAGAAGGGACAGCAAUCAAAAGAGAAGGAAACAUUUAUGUAUGAAGUUGGAAAAGGAUUGUAUAUGAACCCGACUGGAUUUGAAGAGGAUUUUUGUGACCUAGUCGACCGUGCAUAAAUUAACAUUUGAGUUUGUUUUUCUUAAUUUGAAUUAUAUAUUUGGGAUGACAAAUCAAUGGAUGAUGCAUUAUUGUAAGUAUAUGUAGAAAGUGCGCAUUUCUACUUUUUACAUAUCGUAUUACAGGUAGUCUGAUUGUCUGUCGAUAAUGAUAGUCAAGCAGAAGAAACAUUGAAAUUGUAAAUAUGUAAUAAUACCAUAAGACAUGGAUGUAUAAGAAAUGGGCUAUCGUCUUACCCACAAUGCAAAUGCAUUUAUCUAGAGUUGGCAGCAUAAAGAAAUCACUUCUUUCGCUCGAUGGAAUAAGGAAUUCAGAUAACUCCAUAUUUAAAUUUGGUAAAAUUCCUGUAACUUUAUGCUGCUUUAUCAUCAGAUUUUCCACUCAAUCUUUUUUUUUUUUUAAAUUUCACCUCCUUCCACCUCUUCUCCGUCUCUGUUCCUCUGUCUGUCUGCAUGUUCCUCUUUCCUUCUAUCUCUAUAUCAGUACAUUUGUGAAUGUAUUAAUCGUUCUCUCUAACGCUUUACUUUCUCAAUGAAACUUGACUCCAAUGCAAGUGUGAAGAAAGACAAAAAUUAUCGUAUCUCGUCGAGUGGUAAGGGAAGCUUCGGUCUCCUCAAUACCUGAAGUCACGUGGUGGAAUGCAUGGAGAAAACGUUAGUGUAAACAAGAUGACACACCUAUGUUAUGGUGCUUGUGUCAUGUGAAUGGGCACUGCCUGCGUGCGUGUAACGUGUGUGAACUGACGUGGCGUUGACGUCGCGUGAAUGAACAAAUGUGGAUAUUGGUGUUUGAGGUAGUGAGGAAUGUGUGGGUGAUGUUAAUGUUCUUCUUAACCCGAUGCCGUCGGGAAAUUGUAGUGUUCACUGUAUUAUUGUUUGGUGAAAUGACUUUACAAGUAGAUGGCUCAACACGUGCUAAGCCACCAAGGAUCUCAACUGAUUUCACCUUUCCUCGAGUCUUCGGGAUUAAAAAAAAGAAAAGAAAAAAA